AUGGGCAAAAUCAUCGAGUCGAUCCUGAGCGUAUAUUCGGCGCGUGCGGACGAUGCGUCUGCACGUCCCACAAUUUCCUUUGAGUUUUUUCCCGCCAAGACGAAUGCCGGCAUAUUUAAUCUACUAACGCGCGUGGAAGAGAUGGGAUUAACGCUACAGCCGACGUUUGUGACACUCACAUGGCGUUCCGCUUUCAAAGACGAGACGCUGUGGUUACGCAUCGGUGCUCAUAUUCAGAAUGAAUUUCAAAUGGACAUACUGCUGCAUUUGACGUGCCAUUUACCCACGGAACAGCUCAAACGUAUCCUCAAGAACGCGCGUGCCGCCGGCAUCCGCAACAUUCUCGCACUUCGAGGAGAUCCGCCCAUUGGAUCCGAGCGUUGGGCGCCUGUGGAGGGCGGAAUGAGCAAUGCGAAGGACCUUAUUAAGCUCAUUCGAGAAGAGCACGGAGAUUAUUUUUGUAUUGCUUGUGCGGGUUAUGCAGAAGUACACACCGAGUCGUGGAAUCAUCCGGACCUGCCGCCGUCAAACGAGGCGCGUGCUCUAGAUCUGCAACGACUGAAAGCCAAACAAGAUGCAGGAGCAGACUUUAUUAUCACUCAGUUUUUCUUUGAUGUGGACAAUAUGAUCCAGUGGAUCGCUGAUUGCAAAGACGCAGGGAUUACCAUCCCCAUCUUGCCCGGCUAUCUACCAAUUCAGAACUACAGUUCCUUCUGCAAGUUCACGAGCUGGUGCAAGACACGAGUCCCGGAACAGGUGCUAACGGAUUUAAAUGCGAUUAAAAAUGACGACGCGGCUGUUCGUUACUAUGGCACGCAGCUUGCAGUGAAGACGUGUCAGCGUCUGCUGGCUGCUGGAGUGCACUCGCUGCAUUUCUACACGAUGAAUCUGGCUGCUACCGUGACGCAGGUGUUGGACGAUCUGCAACUGCUGCCUGCGCGCAACCAGCGCGAGCUGCCGUGGCAGUCAACGUUGCAUCGCUUGGCCGUCGAGGGUGAGCAGGUGCGCCCCAUCUUUUGGUCUAACCGCCAGGCCAGCUAUAUUGCGCGUACUGCUGCGUGGGACGAGUUUCCUAACGGACGCUGGGGAGAUCGCACAAGCCCGGCUUAUGGUGAGCUUUCGGAGUAUUAUCUAGCCUUCAAGCGACCGAAGGUCCAGCGUGCUAAACUGUGGGGAACUCCACAGACAGAAGAGGAUGUUUGGAACGUGUUCGUUCGUUUCAUUGAUGGCCAGGUGAAGCAACUGCCGUGGUGCGAGCAGGCUCUGUCCCUCGAGAGCGCUGCCAUCAGCGAAAACUUGCAGUGGCUCAAUUCCAACGGCUUCUUAACAAUCAACAGUCAGCCGCGAGUGAACGGUGCUCCUUCGAGCGACAAGUCUGUCGGUUGGGGUGGUGACGACGGUGUUGUGUUCCAAAAAGCUUACGUGGAAUUUUUCGUUGCCCCUGAAAAGAUGGCACAUCUCGUGAAAGUCAUGCGGCGAGACUACCCGCAGCUGUCGUUCCACGCCCUCAACCGCCGGGGCGAUGAGCACCGCAAUACUCCGCUGCACAGCGUCACGGCCGUCACGUGGGGCGUCUUCCCCGGCAUCGAAAUUGUGCAGCCCACGGUCGUGGACGCGGACUCUUUCGCAGCCUGGAAGGAUGAGGCAUUUGAGUUGUGGCAGACCCAGUGGGCAUCGGCCUACCCUGAGGGUUCGCGUUCGCGUGAAGUCGUCCAACACAUCUACGACACGUACUUCCUUGUCAACAUUGUCGACAAUGACUAUGCCAACGAUGAGUCUGACAUCUUUAGCAUCUUCACGCGGAUUAUAACGGAGGCAAUGAAUAAGGAUCAGCUACGCGCGCGUGUGCUGGAGCUGGCAACUCGACGGGAAAAGAUGUUCGACACACUAGCGUCGUUUCAGACGUUGCAGGACGAACAAAAUGGAGAGCUGCGCGCUACACACUCGGAGCUCGCGAGUGUGCGCAGCGAGAAUCUCCAGCUAAAGGAGAAGAUCCGCCAGCUGCAGGCCCGACUCGCUCUCACGUCACUGUAG